UUCGCCUGGACAUAUCUACAAUUGCGCGAGCAGGUAGCAUUCAGAACUUUAUCAUUUCACAAGUGAGAGUGUAGGUGUGUGUUCCUAGUUUGCAUUGUAGCCUAGGCUAGAGACGCGCGAAUAGGCUACUCGGAGGUGAUCCAACAGGCUGCCCUGACUACACAUUGGCUAAAUGCUCAGCACGACCACACAGGUGCAUCUGUCUUAACGACCUCCUGCCUAGUCCUGGUAUCUGCACACAGUAAUACAUUAAGGGAACGGCAUAGGACAAUGAGCUCCUCUCUUCCCAAAAGCGAAUCUACCACCUCUCUGCUGAGAGCUCCGGCCGUGCCGGUGAGUCGGAGGUCCGAACAUUCUGAGCAUCAUGGGUCGCGCAGCCACUGUAGUCACAUCCAUCAACCCGACGGAGGUAAAGAUGUACCUGACGAGCCGUGUUGGACCGAUGAGUGCGAGGCAAGCGCGCGCAGACCCCUUUGUCAACCGAGGCAUGCUGGUGGCAGGACAGACAGGAAUGGAUGUGAUAAACGGGGACAUUCCCACCAACAAAGCAGCCACUACAAUGACGGCUACAGCCAGGAAGAAGUUAGAGAGCGGGUGGAUCGGAGCGGGAAAGACCGCAGUAAGUCGUCUAGACACCUACACCCACACCACCACCACCACACCUCAAGAGGUGAUCUGCCGCCAGCUCAUCACCACGGCAACGCACGUCCGGGGCGGAGGUCCUCGCCAACUCCAUCCUAUACUAAACAAUCCGACGAUACUGCGUACUUUUUUGAAUCGAAAGACAGAAUAAAUACUGGGUCGUCCACGAGUUUAAACUCGGUCCCACCCGCAACGUCCACGCCAGUUACCGGCCCCGCUACCAGCCGCACCUCCAAAAGACUCAGCACAGCUCCAUCUGAACAUGACUCCAAUCUGCACCCGAUAGUGAAAUCAGUCUUCGGACAGGACCAGAAGAAGAACUACAGAGCAGUGCAGUCCUGUGAGGAGGGGACUGGGGGGGCCUAUCUUGAGCCUCUAGUGGCUAUGGCUCAGAACGGAGGCAACAUGCACAACGUACUGGGGCCUGCCUGCAUCUUUCUACGCAAGGGCUUCGCUGAGAGCCGGCAGGCUGAUAGAGAGCUGAGGCCGGAGGAAAUGGAUGAGUUGCGUGAGGCUUUUAAAGAGUUUGACAAAGACCAUGACGGCUUCAUCGGCUGUAAAGACCUGGGCAACUGCAUGAGGACCAUGGGCUACAUGCCUACUGAGAUGGAGCUGAUUGAACUGAGCCAGCAGAUCAAUAUGAACUUGGGAGGACAUGUUGACUUUGAGGACUUUGUGGAGCUGAUGGGGCCAAAGCUUCUGGCUGAAACAGCAGAUAUGAUUGGGGUCAAGGAGCUGAGGGACGCUUUUAAAGAGUUUGACACCAAUGGUGACGGCAAGAUCAGCACAUCAGAACUCAGAGAAGCAAUGAAAAAACUUCUCGGUCAACAGGUUGGUCACAGGGACCUAGAAGACAUCCUGCGGGACAUUGACCUGAAUGGAGAUGGUCACGUGGACUUUGAAGAAGGGGGAAACGACAUAUCAACAACCGCCCUGCUACUGCCACAUCCGAAGACGAGCACAGAAGCUGAAGGAACAACGUCAGCGAUCAUGAUGCUGUAUGCUGCUGUCUCUAAGAGCAAAAGAGAACAACAGCCAGCCUCCCACAAUUUUACACUGUACAUUUCCGCUAUUAGAGAAAACAUUUGUAGGUGUUUACAGGGGCUAAAGAGCAAUGUGACGUCUGAGCUACUUACAAUCAUUACCAUGGUUGGUUAAGGCUAUGGGAAAGUAAAGGAGACAUAUUGACAUUUUUAGCAUUUUCUCAUGGCAGCGUCUCCCAUAACCAACCUAAAGCACUAUAUUCCCCUCUGGGCCUUUGUACUCCUAAACUAAAUGUUUUAAUGGCAAUAUUAUUUCAACGUACCUACUGUCAAAAUAUGUAUUGUUCAUGUGUGCAUACGUGUAUGUUUGUGUGAAGCUCAAUUCUCCCAUAUUGUACGAUACCAUAUGUCUUAAGCUACUGUAGAGUUAGUUUCAAACCCAUGGCAUACGCUAGCCAACUGUCUCUGUCUUGAAAUACAUCUCACGUAUUAGCGCUGAUGCACUUCUUCAGAUUAUCAAACACAUAUCGAGUUACAUUAUACAAGCUCUGAACACAGAUGGGCAACUGUUUUGAUAAAGGAAAGAGCCUUUUGGUGAAAACCGAAGACUGGGGAAUGGGAUAGCAAUUAUAAACUGUUUACGUCUGGCCAACCCAAGACCCAAAGAUGUGCACGUUGUUUUGCAUGAAUACUGAGAUUGCAAAGCUCCACUUUUGAUUCAACCAGACACACUGUCACGCUGUCCCUCCGUACAAAUCAACAAUGUGCACCACAGACAAACAUACACACUGUAAUUUCUUGUGGUGAUCAACAUAACACUGAAACCUGUGUCUAUCUAUGUGUGUGAGAUCAGUGUGUAUCUCUGUACUGAUGAGAGUGUGUUUGUGUUUGAGUGUGGAACUUGUGAGUUUUUGUGUGUCUCCCUUAUGCGUCUUAUUUGUGACUUUGAAUUUGUCUUGUGCGAUUCUAUGCAUGCCAAAUACUAAAACAAUGUGUAGUUGAGAAUAAACAGCUUUA